CUCGUGAUUGCGGCUCCCGGGCUUGAGGGAGCGUGAGCCGCCUGCAGCUGGGCCUCAAACAGUGCACGCGCACCCGACCCACCUCAUCCCUCAGCUAUGGCAGCCCAGGACCGGGAGACGUGCGUGUUCCUGGCCAAGCUGGCCGAGCAGGCGGAGCGGUAUGACGAGAUGGUGGCUGAGAUGAAGAAGGUGGCACAGAUGGUGCACGAUCAGGAGCUGUCGGUGGAGGAGCGGAACCUGCUGUCGGUGGCGUACAAGAACGUCAUUGGUGCGCGCCGCGCUUCCUGGCGCAUCAUCUCUAGCAUUGAGCAGAAGGAGGAGGCCAAGGGCAACGAGGAGCAUGUGAAGCGCAUCAAGGCCUACCGUGAAGUGGUGGAGAAGGAGCUGCAGGACAUUUGCAGCAGCAUCCUGCAGCUGCUGGAUGACCAUCUGAUCCCCACUGCCUCCACCGGCGAGUCCAAGGUGUUCUACCUGAAGAUGAAGGGUGACUACCACCGCUACCUGGCCGAGUUCAAGACUGGCACGGAGCGCAAGGAGGCAGCCGAGCACACGCUGCUGGCGUACAAGGCGGCGCAGGACAUCGCGCUGGUUGACCUGCCCCCAACCCACCCCAUCCGCCUGGGCCUGGCGCUGAACUUCAGUGUGUUCUACUACGAAAUUCUGAACUCGCCAGAGCGUGCUUGCCACCUCGCUAAGCAGGCAUUUGACGAGGCGAUUGCCGAGCUUGACACACUGGGAGAGGAAAGCUACAAGGAUAGCACCCUCAUCAUGCAGCUUCUGCGCGACAACCUCACGCUCUGGACCAGCGACAUGCAGGAUGCUGAGCAGGGUCGCGAGGGCGCCGGCGAGGGUGAGAUGAAGGACCAGGAGUGAAGCUAGGGUGGCAGCCUCGGAGACCCGCCGCAGAACCUCUCUCGCGACAGUUGCAGCGUGUCAAUGGUUCUGGGCGCGCAGCAGCAUCAGUAACAGCGUGUAUCCAUCCGCACAGCAAGCUUUCCAAGCAAGCAAAUCACGAUACGAGGUACCGUCGGGCAGCGGCGAGGCUGGGACGAGCUUGCACUGUGCAGCCCCUUCCUCCUACCUGCCAGUGGGGGGCGGCAUGCCUGCUCGUGUUUGCAAUCAGCACCAGGGGCGAGUCUCGCUCUUCUGCAACGCUCUUCUGCAACGCUUCACACUUGAGCCUGUACAGCGGCGAGUGGUGGGCUCUGACUGAAAAUACCUGCUUGUUGUCUGUUCAACCCUUCCGUUCCCCGCACAGCGACAGUUUCUGCCUGACACACUUCAUCUUCACGUCUCCUGCCCCCGUUCUUCCACUAGGCCUAGACUUGCUCUUUGCAACAUCACUGGAAUGUCGCACUCUUUUCCAUUCAUGGAUGAGCUGCCAUGCGCCCCUGGGCGCCUGUCAACAAACGUGUUGCAC